GGCCCCGCCCCUAAGUGACGCAUGCGUGGAGGAUAUGUUCUUCGCAGCAAAGUCCUCCUUUACUCCACACACGCUUCUAAGCCUCGGCACAUCUACUAACUACACUUUAUUCAUCCUCCGUGUCAGCAUCAACUCCACUCGUCUCACUCAACUUUGGACAUUAUUAGGCCCGCUUAGAUUGCUCCUUGUUUGAGCGCGCUAGUUAGCCUAGCAUGCUAGUUAGCUUAGCUUGUUAGCCGCUAACAAAGAGACGCGGAUUUGAUCAACACAUCGCUUAGUUAAGAUCAAGUGUGAGAGUAAAGUGUUGUGAUUGUGUGAAAAUGUGUGAAAGAACCGUAGCAGAGUACGAGGAGGAACUUUCUCGGACAAAAGAUGACAACAUGAGACUACGUCAACUACUGGAGGCUGUUUUCAAGAAACCUCAAGUUGUUUUACACAGAACAGAAGAACAUCACCACAGAGUGGUCCCCUUCAGCAGCAGGAGGAUCCACAGCCCCCCCACAUUAAAGAGGAAGAGGAGGAAGUGUGGAUCAGUCAGGAGGGAGAGUGUCCUGUAGGGCAGGAGGAGGCUGAUGUCAGCAAGUUUCCACUGACUGUUGUCUCUGUGAAGACUGAAGAGCAUGAAGACAAACCACCUGAGUCCUCACAGCUUCAUCACAGUCCAAACGUCUGUGAAGAACAUCUUCUCCCUGAGCAACAGAAGUGGAGCUUCAGGAUGGAGCCACAGCCCUCCCACAUUAAAAAGGAAAAGAAACACCCACUGAUCCCCCAUUUUAAAGCGGAAGAGGAUGACCCACUGACCACUCACAUCAAAGAGGAAGAAGAGGACUCAUUGACCCCCAAUUUUAAAAAGGAAGAGGAGAAGCCACUAAUAACCCAUUUUAAAGAGGAAGAGGGGGACCCACUGACACCCCAUUUUAAAAAGGAAGCGGUGGAUCCACUGAGCCCUCACAUUAAAGAGGAAGAGGAAGAAGAGGGCAUCAGUCAGCCUAAAUGGUUGGAGGAGUUCCCAGUGACUGGUGUCCCUGUGAAGAGUGAAGAUGAUGAGGUGAAAGGUGAAAGUGAGGAGAGGGGAGGGGGGGAGCCUCCAAGCAGCAGCUCAACACAACACAUGACAACAGAAGCUGAUGGAGACCACUGUGGAGGAUCACAAGCAGACAAGCUCUUAGCUCCACUAUCAAAUAGUGAGGACACAACGUCACACUCUCCUGACACUGAUGAUGAAGACUCUAAAGAUGAUAAGACAUGUCACACUGACAACACUUACUUCACAUGUUCUCACUCUCACAAAACUUUUAAAUACCAUUGUCGUCUGAAAAGACACAUGAGAACACACACUGGAGAAAAACCUUUUUCAUGUUCAAACUGCGGUAAACAUUUUACUCAGAGGCCAGAUUUAAAAGUACACAUGAGAACACACACUGGAGAAAAACCUUUUUCAUGUUCUAUCUGUGGUAAAGAUUUUACUCAGAGGCCACAUUUGAAAGUACACAUGACAACACACACUGGAAAAAAACCUUUUUCAUGUUCUAUCUGUGGUAAAGAUUUUACUCAGAGGCCACAUUUGAAAGUACACAUGAGAACACACACUGGAGAAAAACCUUUUUCAUGUUCAAUCCGCGGUAAAGAUUUUACUCGAAGGGAAAAUUUCAAAAAACACAUGAGAAUACACACUGGAGAAAAACCUUUUUCCUGUUCAAUCUGCAGUAAAUAUUUUGCGCAACGGCACUACUUGAAAGAACACGUGAGAACACACACUGGAGAAAAACCUUUUACAUGUUCAGUAUGUUGUAAAAGUUUUUUACAAAGUCAGCAUUUGAAAAGACACAUGAGAAGACACCCAGGAGAGAAAGUGUUGAGUUGCAGUGUGUGUGGUGAAAGAUUGUCUUCUAAGUACCAGUGUAAGAAACACAAGUGUGCUGGUGAGAACAGCAGCAGCAAAUGAAACUGCAGGAUUUGAAAUAAACUGUCAAGACUUUAACUUUGACCUUCUAAAAACAUCAGCACAUAGUUUCUAAGAUUUAUAGAUGAGAUAUUUUAGAUUAUUACCUUUUUUCAGUCAAGUACUACACAUGACAAGUGUUUUUUAAAGUUGUUCAUGAUUUAUCCCCCUUUUUUAGAAUUCCUCAAACAUUAUCAAUUUCAGAAAACAUGGGAAUGUUUGGAAUGUUUGGGAAAAGUUAAUUAUGUACAUCAUCCCACAGAGCUUUACUGUACAUCCAUCCAUUUAUUUCUACCACUUGUCUCUUUCAUUUUAUAUGUAUAGCAUUUAAUCACAUACUUGUCCGCCAAAGGGUGUUGCGUUUUGGAGGAACUCCUUCUGUCAGAGUGCUGUUCACACUUCUUUUACUGCGGAAAUCUACUCACAAAAACAAUCCAAACAGUAGGAAACAAAAAACGAUGUUGCGAAAAAGAGAAGACUAAAUGUGCAUUUUGGAAAAAAUAACAAAAGCUACUUCUAUACACAAAUAAAGUCAACUUGGUUUGGAGUUACAAGACGUGCACACUACAAAACAACACCAAGAUGGAUGGCACUGGGAAUGGCCAAGGUAGCAAAAUACUCAAAGCAUGUAAUCAACUGGCGUGGAGCGGAUUCACCGAGUGCCAUCCAGCUGUCAAGGUGCUGCUUAAGUAGCACCAGGGUCAAUUGGAAGCAGCUGUGCACGUCCCACAACUCCGCCCACAAAGGCAACACAGGAACUCUAGGAGGAAGGAGAAAUGUAAGAACAAGGUCAACUGCACCAAAAGACGAAAACUGACUGUUGGAGCCAAAUUUCCUUAUUUGCUUGUAUUGUUUUUAUUUUGUUUUCUCUGAUUGAUAGCUGGCUUCAGUUCAUGCUGAAUUUCCCUUUCUGCAGAUUGCUCCGCCCACUUCCUGUUGAGAACCAGGAAGUGUUGACAGGGAUGGGACUGUUGCUAUGGUGCGGUUGCCAUGGUAGCCUCCUUUAAUUGUGUUCAGCUGGGAACACUGGGGGGUGAUUGCAUGGAGGACAAACAGUUUUGGAGCGUGUGGUGUGGUGUGUGGUCAGGUCUCACUGCUGUGAAAAUGUGCCAUUCAAGGUCAGCAUACAUAAUGUUCUAGAACCUACUUUUCAUUUCAUUUUGAUAGCUUGGAAUAAAGGGAUUGUCAUAUCCAAACACAUUUCUACAGUACUGGACAUUCAAUCAUCAAACUGGUCAACACAGUAUCAGUAUCAGUAUCAGUAUCAGCCCAAAGAUAAGUGCUGUACAAUGAGAAUAAAAUGCCUCGUAGCCGAUUAUACAAAUGUGAUCAAUUCAUCUAGAUAUUGUCCUGCCACAGUGAAUAGGUUUCCCUUUUUAAAGGGCAAAUUCCUCCCAGGGUCUUUUGUCCUAAUGACUGUCUGGAUAAAGUGAGGAGAAUAUAAUUAAGGAAAACAAUUUAUUUUACUAAUAAACUAGAUUAAGUAACACAUUUUUACAGUUAGCUAAAUUGGACAGAACACCUGCAUCAUCUUCUCAACAACACCCACAUUCUUACAAACAACAUAUUUAAGAAUGGUGGUGUUAAAUACAAAGUGCAUUCAGAUACAAACAAUUAUUUUUGAUGUUUACUCUAUUAAAGGACACAUAUGUGCACAUGUAUGCACUGAUUAAAAAUACAGAACAAUAAUGCCCACGUUUAGACUUUCUCCAUCAAACGCCAUCUUGCUUUCUCCUCUUUUCUAUUUCCAGCAGACUAGUAGAACAUCUUAGGUGUAUUGCUGCCCUCCACAGUCUAUUAACAAAAUGUCUUCCUUCUGUCCUAUGGCCCACACUACAGACUUGGACACAAACAGGAGAGAAAGUAAAAAGCAGCUUUAAGGAGGUCAAAACAAAAUGUAUGCAUUCUUUCCAACGGCCGCUGGGUGGCAGCAGAGGCUCCAUGUAUUACCUGAAGAAACAUUUGACUUCUGACCUUUCCACAUUAUUUCUCUCAUCUUUACUGCUGGAGUUCAGCUCACUGAGGAUGUAAGCUACAUUUUGGUAUCUUAACUAUCUUUAAUUAUUCAUAAACAGGCUUAAAACAAACCAUUAUUAUCAUUACUGCCUCAUUUCCCCCUACUCUCUACUAAUUAAAACUAUUCUAGCACAAAAACAUUCAGGAUGUUCAUACAAAAAAUAUUACACAUCCCCCAAACGUAACAAUUUAUUAUGGUAUUCAUAUAAUAUUACAUUUAAUAUACACAUGGUCAUAACAGUGCUGACAAUUUAAAUUCCCUGUGGGGAUUAAUAAAGUAUUUCUGAUUCUGAUCAUUACAUCACUCUCAUAAAGCCUUCAAUGCUGAAUAUGUUUUUUACGAUAGCUGAGCUUCACAAUGUUGGAAUAUUGACUGCUGAUAUUAAUAUUCUUCUAUUGUUUAGAAUAUUACACUUUACUCUUUUUCUUUGCUCAAAUGAACAGGAUGGAAGUGUCUUUAAUUGUCACUACUGAGUGUAAUUAUGUAUAUAAUAAUCUUCAUUACCGCUUGAUUUAACUCUCAUUUUAUUUUAUCCAUAGAGAACUUAACCAUAAAAAGAUGGCUGCACAUCAAUAAACCGUCACUAAACUUCAAUAAAACUAAAUACAUCAUAUUUGAAGAUUGUAAAAAUGUAAAACACAAAUUAUGAUGGAUAAUAUUGAAAUUAAAGGAAUUAAGGUAAUCGCAUUUUUAUGAGUUAAUAUAGAUGAUGAAGUAAGCUGGACACUACAUGUAAGUCAUAUAAAGAAAACAAUAAAACAAUGGAGUGCAAUACUAAAGAGAAUAAAAUACAUACAAAUAUUAACUAGAAUUAUUGUAGCCAACUUCAGUUGAAACAUACAUUGUUUAUUGCAUAAAAGUCUGGGGACAUACAUAUAAAACAAUCACACAACAAUCAUCAUAUUACACAAAAAGUAAUAAAGACAACUAAUAGAAUGGAUUCUAGAGACCCAACAAAUUAUUCAAAAAAUCACACAUUAUAAAAGUAAAAGAUCUUGUAUAAAAGACAACUGUUCAAAUGAUGUAUAAAGUAAAUAAUAAUAUGCUUCCAGAAGUGGUCCAGAAGAUGUUUCAGAUGUGAAGCAGUAAAUAUGAACUAAGAGGGAUUUAUGUGUACUCAAAAGCAAAGGUAUGAACACAUGUAAAACAAAUAUGUACAUCAUAUAAAAGGAAUUCAUCUAUGGAAUUAUCUACAAUUAGAAAAUAAAAUAUGUAACA